AAGGUAAGAGUGAUUACGACGAACAGAAACAUUGAAGUCAUUCAGCACCUUGAUCACCCAAAAAAUAAAUGUUGACAAAAUUGAUCGAGGACGUGUAAGAAGAAUGGGAAUUUCUAGUAGAGAAAGACUGGCUUUGCUCAAUUUAAGGUGGUCUACUACAUUUUUACUCUGAUUAAUCGAUACUACUGAAGUUUUUGUGUUUGCUAAGGACUCAAACCUUAGCUGUUUUAAGUAGGUAAAAGAGAUCUAGUGAGAGGCUGAAAACCUUUUAACUUGAUUCACCGAAUCUCUGAGAUACUAUAUUUUUAACCUAACAAAAAGUCUGUCUUGAUUAGGUUAACACUUCGGUACCGAAUCAGUGAGACAGAAACACCUUACAAAUUUUCGAGCCAUUCAAAGUGUUGAAGACAGCACUGGCCUAGAUUACGAGUAGUCCCUCCUUUCCUUUAUGACGAAUACGGUCGCAUGAGUGAGAGUGAGGUGCUUGAAAAGAGGGGAAUCUCUUCUUUUCGAGCGCCUCACUCCCAUAGGUUUCCGCGGCACACAAACAUUAACUUUUUUUUUUCACUAAUCCUUUUUUAACUCGCACGGCAGUAUUCGCUGAAAAAGAAGGACUGCUCAUAGUCUAACGUUAAAGAAAAGGACAUCCUAGUGAUGUAAGAACAGAUUUCCCUGAUGUUAUUAUUCCUUUUGGAUUGUAAUGGCUCUUGACACACUCCAAUUUCUCCUUAUAUUAGAAAGUCCUGUGUGUUCAUUGACGUCUUCUCUGGACCAAAAUGGACAUGUUAAUAGUUUGAUAUGUCAAGGAGAUGGAGUCCCGCUUCCUAAAGUGAUCAGAUGGGAAAAAGAUUCCAAGCCUCUUCCGGCUCAUUCAGACUUCCGAAUAAACUCUGGACUGACGAGUCAUCAGGGAAGGUUGGACAUAAACAAUUUCGGGCUCAAGAACCUUGGCAAUUAUCAUUGUUUUGUGUCUAAUGAAGUGGGGUCGUCUUCAUGUGUUAUAAAUCUUUCAGGUAACUCUAUGAAAGGUUCCACAAUUUAAUUUGCAAAAUACUAGGAGGGCAAUACUAGUACUCCAAAUCUUAACCAAGCCUUGCAACACGAAUUCCUAUUUCGACUUCUUGGGAAUUACGUGAUAAAGUAUAGCGUCGUAUCAAUCAUAUACUUAAGUUUGUUAUGUAGAACCAGCAGAGGAAGGAACAACAGAUACAGCAAUAGGUACAGCUGCAGAAGGAGUACAAACCAUUAACAUCAAUUGCGUCAGGGACAGCGGUUUAAGCUUAAUGGGGAGCAGUUGCUACUGCAAACAAUAACUAUUAUUUAAACUGAAUAUUGUUGAGUGUAUAUUUUUUCUUGCCUUUUCGUCAGGUUCAUUGCCUGUCACCACAUAUUUUCUGGCGAAAAUGAGAAAUACGUCUCUGUUUUUGUGUAAUGCUAGUGGGUUGCCUAGCCCACGUAUAACUAUCUACAAGGUGACCGGGAACACGAAACGCGUUGUUCCAGCACGCCAAACCACCAUCACUGAUGAUGGAGGCCAAAGGUCUUAUUACUGCGUGGCACAGAAUUACUUUGGAGUAUCAUUUAGCAAACCGAUUUACAUUAAUGGUACGUCUUCAAAUAGAAUAAGGAAUAUUUGUGUUACACGUCAUAAAAAUGGUAUGAAAAGGAAAAAACGUGAAAGUAUGUAGCAAAAAUUUUGAUUCAUUUAUAAAUGGUGUACUUCUAUAUUGAUCUAGCUUGAUUUUUUUUUCUGUUGGCUGAGUGUAUGACGUGACGUAUUUACGACUUACUAUAUCUCUCGGUUACUACUCAUGCUAUAAUUAGUCGGUUUAGUAGGCCGUACACAAUUACACGGCCGGCAAAAUUUGAAGUUGUUUUUGUUGCGACACAAAACUAAUGAGCCAAUGGCAUUCUUUUUCGGUUUCAUCUCCCUUAUAUGUGUUUAAGACAAAUGAAAAACGAUUUCGACUUGUUUUGCUUUCGAAGUGCAUUAGUCAUUUGGAGUCAUUCUACUUCACUAGAGCGACGAGAAAUGUUCAGUACAGACCUCGAACUCGGUUAGGAAAAAGUAUUAGUUUGAUUGACGUAUUUUAACAGGAUUAGUCAAAAAAUGAAGUGCUAGUUAUUUCUGAAGAACCCUGUCUACAGCUAAUAAUAUAGGCCUUAUAAGUUAUUUACUUGUUUAUUUUUUAUGCAUACAUUUUUGUGUCUAGUGAGUAGCAACUGAACACCUUGCAAGAGCGGUAAAGAUUUAGUAGGUGCUUCAUGUAGGACAAAAAAUGACGUAAUAUGUUAUGGUCUCUGUGAAGUUUAGCAUACGUGACAGCUACAUGAAGUGAUAUUUCGUCAUAGGAUCUGCCGUGAGAAGUCGGAAAUCGCCAUUUGGUGAACAAGACUCCUUGAGUAAACAGAGGGAUAUUCGGGAUCAAGUGCAUUCGAAAAAGCAAACGUUAUUAGAAAGCUUAUCAUCGUAAAAAACCACGCGUUUUGAGGAUCGUCGUGUCUUAAGAAGAGCCUGAGGUGGCGAAGCUAGGUUAUUUUGGAUAGUAAACCAGUCUUUUAUAAGUUAUCGAUACAGAAUAGACUUCCGAUCAUACGCGCUUUUCACGCAUGCUUUUCACUUUUAAAAUUGACCUUUGGUACUUUGUGCAUCGUCACUCUUAUCUUUUGAUCGACGCGCGGUCAGCACUAUACGACCCCAUAUGGGCAGUGCAUGAGUUAACAAAUUUUACGACUUUGUUUCUUUCACGAGGAUCCACUUUUCAGCUACUAAAAGCACUGCAUAAUUUGUAUAUUCCUUUUGUUUUAAUUUAGGAUAUUUUGAGUUCUUUUGGUGUCCAAUAAUGACUAAUAUGAACGUUGUCGCGAAUUGUACCCAAAAUGUAUCUAUCGUUGUUUUGCAGAAUUAAAUAUUUAUGGAAAUCCUCGUGUUGAAAUAUUUCCGUUUUUUUCGUUCCCAUAAACUGAUCUCAUAUUAAAAUUGUACUUGCUAUUGCUUAAAAAUGUGCAAAAUUCAGUUUUCCGUUAGUCAUAGUUUGAUCAAUUGAAAAACUCUCCCGAGGCUCUGUUUGCUUAGAAAACGUGGAGCUCAUAGUGUGAGUGUUACAUAGUUAAUCCAAAAAAGAGAUCCUGAAAACUACUGCACUUUGGUACACCUAUGCACUCAUCUCAUUUUUGUACUAGACACACGUACACAAUGCAAACCUAUUUUUAGGAACUGGUCUGGUCCACAAAACACUGAUUCUCAUUUUGCAACCUCUCAAGCUAAGGCAUACGUGCUGCUUAAAUUGGUUUGCUCUCUUGAGAGCGUUACGAAGUCUUUCAGAAAGGUGCCGCUUUCCACUACUAGGCCGCCAUCUUAAAUUUGUAACAUGAUAGUGAGGCACUGACGUCUCAUUAGACGAAAGCUAAUUACCCAUAGCCGUCGUUAUACUUUAAACCACAUGCCCUGGCCCCCCUUGUGACUAAAGGACAAAUUUUGAAACCACUGUAACUCGACCUUGCGAGGAAUCACAUUCUGCAGCGUCUUAAUCGCCCACACAACGCAUGAUGGAGUAAUCUUCCUAUUUCUUUUUCUUAACUUUUUGUACGUCUGCUAAAGAAAUCGCCAAAUCGUGUACUUCGCAUUUAAGAGCAUUUUGCCGCAGUAUUUUCACUUGGUGUGGUCAAAAACUAAUUUUUAUUUUUUGGCUUUCCAUACUUUGAUUUGCUUUCUUUUAGAGAUUUGAAAUUCUUAGACGUAAUUGCUGUUCAUCUGGAGCUCGAAAAUGUUUAUCUUGUUUAAAAAAAACGUGAGAAAAACUUUUUUUCUGCGACAAGCACACCUUUGAAGAUGUAGUGUGUGACACAAUUUUCUCGACUUGAUUUGUUACCAUGUUGUUUUAAUUGUUGGGUUAUGCAGCGCUCUUUACGACCAACUUCAGAAGUGUUUACUAACUUUACACCUAUUACAUGUUGCUUUAACUGUUGAGACUAAGAUAAAGAUGAAACAGGAUACUACGUAAAUGAAUGGUUAAUUGUUUGUCUCUCGAUCUAAGAGUCAGGCUAAGCAAUCGUGUAUUGACUGCGACGUUUCGACGUCUUACUGCUAGUUACCGUCAGGCGACGACGUGGAAAGUUUAGGUGUCGCUAUUUAUAGCACCUUGGUGUUUUGUGGUGCGCUGUCAUUGGUACAUUUUUUCAGUUUUCGAUGCAUAGAUCGUGAGACAUACGAUUAAACGUCAAUUUAUCUAAAAAACCGCAAUGAACAACAACAGUUUCUAUAACAGGAUACAACGUUUACUCAAAAUGGUGUUAGGUACUUUGAUUACACAUUAUGAGCAGUUUGAAAGACUAAAAAAAACGCUAUUUGAAUCUUGACAGAUAAACCAGUCAAAGCUGAAAUGAAGCUUACAAAUGAGGAGUGGAGUUUAGAACUUUCUGAGAGAACUUCAGAAAGAUAUAAAAACCUGGCAGGUCAAGUUAGAACUGCGGUUUGUAUUCCAGAAUAUUUUCAUUGGCUUGCUUUUGUAACGUUACUUUCUUAAUCUGAUCUCUUGUUUCAAUUAAUUAUUUUAGGUACAGGAAAUCUAUAAUAAAAGUCCUGCCUUUGUGAGUGUGAAGGAUAUUUCAUUUAGGUAAUGUCAAUGUCAUUAUUUGGUAGAUCUAUUUAAGGAAACAAUAGAGGGGAAGAGUCUGUAUUAUUGGAUAGUUCAUCACAGCAAUAUUCUGUUUAUGUAUGCAACAAGAUUUAGAGUGCAAUUUGGUGUUAAUAAGCACGAGUAAAUUUUUCGAAGACGACAACGUAUACGAGUUGUGUGCUUGGUUGCCAAGCCUUUGAACAAGAGUGAGGCGAAGGUUGACCUUGUUAUGAUACAAACCUUGCUGCUUUUCAAAUGCAAAUUACUUUUUUAUCAUGCUUACUAGAUACUGGUCAGCCUAACUCCAAUCAAAGGCUUGGCAACUAAGUACAAAACUGUAAAAUGGCCAAUUGCAUGAGCCCGUAGGGCAAGGGCGAUUCGUAGUCUUUUUAAAAUUUGUAAGUGUUUAUAACAUGAAAUUGUAAGAAAAAUUAUUUAUUACUUUAUUAUUUAUUACUUGUACAUUGUUUUUCGCAUCUGGGAUGACACUGUGUAUGAUACAGUUGCAUCAAAUGGCUGACUGAUCGAUCUCAAAUGAUGUAUCUUGUUAUCAUGUUUUUGAAUCAGGAGAAUUUCCUGUAUUUCGUCAGUGUAUAUAGAAAUUAUUACAGAUGCAUCUGAAGUCACCAUAUGGCUUGGGCCUGUGGCUGACACAACGUACGCUCUGAUCGGCCAAGAGUGAGACGCUCUACAAAAUCUGUGAAAUUGUCACUUUCGAUCACUGUGCUUUCAUGCAGUUUAGCCAGAGAUCAUUUUUUUUUUGCUUAUGGCGACAUUUUAAAGAGAAUUCGAGAUCAAUCAAAAAAAUUUUUAAAACAAGUGUCCCAAACCCUUUCCGUGGGAAAUAAAAGAAAACAGUUUUUGGUUAUAAGGUCCUGGGAAUGGCUUUUAGGGAGAAUAAAACUUGCGGAUUUAUGACCGGCAUAAGGAGGAGGGUGGAGGAGGGGGAAACGGAGAUUUCACGUAUUCCCUAUUGUCUAUUGCGUGUCUGUAUUCGUUUACCAAGACUAGCACAGAUUCAUAGGUUUCUACCUCUGUAGUUGUACUUUUAAGUAAAAAAAAGAAGUAUAAAGAAAACAGUAGAGAAUUUUCCUGUAGUGAAGGACACGUUUUUUGUGAUAUACGUAGGAGAGGAAGUGUGCUCUGUCAAAUGACGAUAAAUUUUGCUGCUGAAGCUUCGAAAACAAGUCAUGACUUGUUGAAGGAUUUGCAAGCGAGGGUGUCUUCCGGACAAGUGGGGAACCUGAAGGUGGAUGCAACACAUAUACUCAGUAUGGAAAGCGUCCCAAGUAAGUUUUUGUUGCUGGCUCAUUGCGGCGAAUGUGAUAUGCUUUUUUUUCAACGCACAGCUAAAACUAGCUGGUGGUCACAAAUACCAAUGUCUGGACAUCGAUCUUUACAGUCCGAUCCAGUUUGUAGAUCCAUACAUUAUCAAGGCAUAAUGUACUGAUGGGACAUGUACCAGACAAUACAGGUUGAGUAAACUUGGAAUUUCUCAACUCUUUGACCAGUUGAGGGUCAUUAAAAUUUCUCUGGAGGUCAAUCCAAGUUCAUUUCUUCCAGCAGAAUAGUCUCCACGUUCAAUAACGAAGCAUGUUCAGUAUUUUCGGCGAGCUUACAGUCGUAUUCGGCCUUUACAUUUGGGGAAAGAUAAACAUCUGUCAUAAGUAGUGGUCUCUUGGAUUUGAAGGGAUAGACCUCGAGUCAUGGGACUUCCAAUACAAGGUCUUCGAAGUCGAGACGACAUGGGUGUUUAACUCGGUUGUUUUGUGUUAAGUGAUCCUUCUGGUCGAGCUUGUUUGACGAUCUUUCCUUUGUAGGUCAAAACUGGAAAUAUUACUCAAUUCUCAGGUGAACCACUUGAGAAAAAUGUUUCUGUAGUACUAGGAUGUCAACGGUUUUUGAACCGUCUGAAUUCAAUAUGCAAAUUUAAUUCUCUUUAAUCAUACUCAUAUGAUAAACAAGUACGUUUACCAAUAAUGGGGCCUAUAAUCAACCUCGCACCCUAAGGCUGAAUUAAGUGCAUGCAAAUACAAUGUAUUUAUAUCAAUAUAUAUAAUAUGAGACAAAAAAUUAAAAUGUUUUCAAUAGUUAUGGUGGUAUCGAUUUAAAGUAUGACCAAAAAAAGGUAAAAAUAUGUGGCAUCUGAUUGACCCUUUAACUCCCAUGAAUAGGCAAGAGAGAACUUUUCCUCACAGUAUCCUUCCAAUAUCAAGUACACCAGUGAUAAGAAUAAAGAAAAAUAUCAUUUAGAGGAUUAUUAGUUCAUCCAAUACCAAAUUCUCCGAACUAAAAUCAUAAGAAUUGUAUAGCAUACAGUAGGGAAAAUUACUGAUGAGAUCUUGAGAAAGAAUGGGUUAAAAACUAAUGGUUAUCGGUGAGAUUUUACCUGGACGCAGUGAUGAUUGGUAAUGGUUAGACUAAGUGGAGUCUUAUUGGGUCUGUAAGUGAUUGAUUGACAAAAUUGGACGACCGCUUACCAGGAGUCUGAUUUUCUUUAUUGAUUAGAAGCAUGAUUACAAACAUAGUGUAAACUAUUACAAAAUUCUCAAACGUGAUCGGUCAUCACCAGCUCGAUUUUAGCACUAAUGGGACAGUGUACGCGUCAUGCUUGUAAUUGGACAGUGAAAUAGGACAGUUAAAGGGACAAUUAACAUGUCAUGCCUGUAUUAGUGGACAGAACGCGUCACGUGUGCGCGUUGUUGUCUUGCAUUUCGCCGAGUUAACUGUUGUUUUAUGAAAACGUAUAACCGAUGUCUAGUUUCUUUAAAAAAUUGUCAUAAUUUUGAUUAAUUGGUAACAGGACUUUCGUGACGUCCAAUUCUGUCUAUAAUCAAACUCGUAAUUAACAAAUCAGACUCUCGCUUCGCAGUUGUCCGAUUUUUUUUAAUCACAGAAGUAUUUAGACAAUAGAGACAAUAGAUCACAAAAUACCCUUGUGCGUUUAGGUAAAUUGUCUUUUUCCUCUUGAAGUAAGUGAUGCGAUAUUUUCAUUCUUUUGAAAGUUAUGAAAACAUUAGGAUAACGGACGACCUACCCAGCUAAAAAAAUACCUCUUGCAUGCGUAGCAUGCAAGAGGUAUAUUGCCUCAAACCCGCGGGUAUAUCUCUAGCUUCCAUCCACCAACUUCCUAAAAACAACGCAAAUUCAUGUGUUUGCUCAAUUGCGCUCGUUUUUGCAUGAUUCUUAAAAAUUGACCAAGAUCUCCUUUUGACCGUUCAAACUUCGUUCGUUUAUCUUCUACGUUGAGGAUUUUAGGUUUUCACAGCAACUAAAUGGAGAAUAGAUGCCGAGUUAUCCUAAAACGUUGCGUAAACGUGAUCGGUCGUAACGCUUGCGCGCUUAAGUGACUUCCAAAGUAGACAAAGGUGAUCGGAAGGCGCCUUCUCGAUAAUAUACGUUGAAAUAUCAGGUCAUGAACUACGCACAGUGUGGAGAAGAUCAAAAUGAAAGAAAAUUUGGCACUCUGGUUAUAACAGACAUGUCGCGUUGCUUAAAAGGGCACAAAAACAAGUUGAAAUAGGUUUUAGUUCACGGAACCCGAUGAACUGAAGGAGAUCUUGGUCAAUUUUAAGAAUCAUGAAAAUGAUCUUUGACACGAGCGCAAUUGAGCAAACACAUGGAUUUGCGUUGUUUUUAAGAAGUUGGUGGAUGGAAGCUAGAGAUAUACCCGCGAGUUUGAGGCAAUCCGUGACCUCAUCGGUGUAUAAAGUAUGCACUGAUGUGCUUUUUCAGCCCGAUUAACGCCUGCAUUUGAGAAUUCUUUCGUACAAAGUAGUGAAUUUUUGAUAUGCAAAUGAGGGUCCAAGAAAAGAGUCUCCUCUGAUCACGCUGGUAUGAAAAAUAUUUCAGCUGAAGUUUCCAUAUUUUGUCUGUGAACUAAAUACAUCUUGUAACUUGUGGCAAGAUAGAAUUCCGUGAGCUAAAUUGUUGCAGUCGCUGCGCGCUGGACAAAAUCUUACACUUUCGAUCGCUGUUCACAAGGUUGGUCUGGCCAAAAAUUAUUUUUGACUUGUGACGACGCAAAAAAAGAGAAUUGGAGAACAACUAAACUAUUUUUGAAACAUGUGUCCUAAACCCUUUCCAUGGGCAAAAAAUAAAAGAAAACUUUUUUCCGACGGGAAGUCGAGGGGACCGCUCUAAGCGUGAGUGGCACUUAAGUUCUGUUUUCCACCAACCCUCUGUAUUGUUUACCUGCUAAAUGAAAACGUUUUCUUUCAGAACCUACUCCAGCAACAGAUGGGACAGGUAAAUACUACUAAGGUAGUUUGGUGGUUUACUAUAACGCUUACAUUGUCACCUCACUCUUUGAAUCUUACUUCCCGCGUUCAAGAAACUUUCGUGCAACCCUGACGACUAACGUGUAGGUCAAGACAAAAGAGACACUUGUGAAAGGUCUCCGAUUAGUGGAUUCGUCCCAUUAUGGUUCCUCCAACUGUAAUGAUUCGAGUUAGAGCCCGGGGCGCUUAUUUGCAUUUGGUACCUCAAGGGAGCUCGCUGGGGACAGCGCAUAUUUCUUUUUUGAGAAACAGCAGAUUGCGAAACAAAGCUUUGAUGUUUAUUUGCAUAGGAUAAAAAAAAAGGAAAAUGGACUCGUUAUCCCUGGAUCCUUCCUAGCUAGAACGACUAGCCAAGCAAUCGUCGCAAAUAUUUAAGACGGCUUCUUUCGUUUGAAGGAACAGUGCACUCAUGGGAGACUAAGACCGCUGUUUUUGUCAUGAGACUUUAAGUGAGCAGUUAAAAGAAGAUUGAUAACGGUUUAUCUCAAUGUAAAUGUACUCUAAAAGUACUAGUACUAAAACUGAAUAGUGGCGUUGGAAUAGGAGCGAUUAUUGGUAUGGAGGCGCUUAUUGGAAUGAGGGUGCUUACCCCAUAGAGGUUCUUAUUUGAAUAGGGGCACAAAUUUGAGGGGGGCACUUAUUUAAGAGGGGGCGCUUAUUGGAAAGAGGGUGCCAAAUCAAAUCUUUACGGUAAUUGCAAAUUGAUUCAUUGAAGAGGCAAUGUGGAUUCAGUUGGUUGAGUUUUUUAACUUCACAUUUUCUUCUUAGAUUCGGAUGACAAAGGCUUGCUGGCUGUGGCUGUCAUGACGGCAGUGUUGUUAAGUCUCAUUCUCGGCUUUAUGUUAGGAAUUAAGUUUUAUGGUCAAGUUGUUAACCGCUGCACACUGUCAUCCAGGAAUUCAGAUUCUUUUGAUGGACCAAAGAACAGAACUAUUAAAGGUGUCAAAUACACCAAAUCACCUCCCAGGGAUGAAAAUUUCACAGGGAUCAGAAAUGCAUCACAGAGUAAGAGAAAUCUGUCUAAACAGAAAGGUGAAAGCAUUGAGCGAAAUGAUGAUAGCGAUAGCAAUUCCUCUACCGCUGGUAAAAUUGCUGACGAGAGUGGAGAUAAUUUUACCAGGAAAUCAAACUCACCAUUUAAAUCAUUGUCGCCAUCUAUUUCCGUUGAUAAAUUUUGAACAAAAAAUUCAUCCAAGAGAAUGAGUGAAAUUUUUAUGAGAAGAGGUCAAUUCAGAGAAUGGCCAUACUCGAUAGGCUACCCGCAUCGUAUUGCUUCAAAGGUAAUUCUUCGACCCCAAUCAAGCGGCCAUACACCGAAGGGUAGGAACAUUUUACGAAUGCUAGCCAUGCCUUAUCUUCAUUUCAAAUGUAAGUGUUUGUGACUAAGAUUUAUUAUAAAGCUUCCUAUUGCAAACUAGUUAAACUUGUACCUUAACUUUAAAGGAAUUAGUAAUGAAUUUAACAAGACUAGACAUGAUAAGAGCAUAGACAGCACAUACAAUUACAAACAGUUUCAGUGGAUGUGUAGCCUGAAAAUCAAAGGCGGAGAUAUUGUUUGAAGUGUUUUACAUAAAAUAAAAUAUAUUAAAGGAGUCAGAAAAUAUGUUUUAUCGGAGCAUCUUCAGAGUGUGCUUACCGUACAUUUGAUUUGAACCUGAUUUCCUUGGAAUCUGAACCUUCCUAAAAUGAAGUUAAAUGUAAGAGAAGACUCUUCAAUUUUAUUCGGAUUUUUUAGUGAAAUAUAUUUAAUCAUAGAGUAACUUAUUGGUUAAACUUUUGUAUUUUUAUCUCAUCCAUUCUAUUGAGUAGAGUAGGCCUUAAACUUAAUGCGAGAAAGUGCAAUACACUUAGGACUGAGUUUGCUAGGAACAGGGAGAACAUUGUGGUGAGUGUUGAAGAAGUGAAAGAUUUGGAGGAGUUUGCGUAUCUUAGAGCUACUGUACGCAACGAAGGUGGAGGCAGCUAAGAUAUUAGGAACAGCCCCUGAAAUGCACCACGUGCCUUCGGCACGUGGUGCAUUUCAGAGGCUAUGGAAGGUGUGGGCAGCUAGUGGAGUGCUGCUGUACAGUUGUGAAACAUGGAAGAUCACACAGACCGAUGAAAGAAAACUGAACAGUUUCCAAUGGCAAUGCCUAAGACGGAAACUGAGGAUUAGAUGGUUGCAAAGAAUGACAAACAAGAGAGUAGUUGAAUUGGCAGGGAUCAAUGAAAUAAGCUGUGAGGUGCGAAGAAGAAGGUGGAACUCUGUAGGACACGUACUCAGGAGAGAGGGUGUGAACGACUGUUUUACCGCACUGGGGUGGACACCGGAAAUUCUGGCCCUUUGUACCAUACAAUUAUUCCUAGGCCCACCACAAGUGUUUGGUACGCCAAUCUAGAAUGGGUGAGCAUUGAAUUGGCCUAGUAAUGAAAUUAGUUGGAAGUUGUUUACCAUGAAGGAAAACAUCCCCACUAAUUCGUAUGGGUCAAGCAAUAUGCUUCCUUUUUCACACCGUCCCAAUCUGUCACAAUGGCAACAAAACAUCUCCAACAGGCACCUUUUCAAGUGUUCAACCAGUGUGUGUUCAACACAAACAACAACGUGCCAUCUGCAGAUUCCUCACAAAGCCAAAGUCGGAGAAAAAGGCACAUAAUCAUCGACUUGGACUCAGACUAGUCAAUUGAUAUAUUAAAAGAGUUUCUUCAAAAAGUUCAAUGUGAUGCUAUCUUUAGUUUCUUGAGAUAGCUGUAGUUACCUUACGAAACUUAAGACAACGCAAUUUUGUGAUCAAUGUGUGGAUUUUUCAUUCCUUGGCUGUAACGCCUGGUUGAUUACUUGAUUGAUUGACACUUGAACGGCGGAAUGACUUCUUGUUACUAAGUAACCGUUUUGCUCGAGUGGUUUUCGUCUUUUUCUUAAUUUCUCUUUUCAUCUUUGUAACAAAAGCCGUUUUUAAACUUUGCAUUUCGCCUCCUUCGAAGAUUGUAAUGAUUGUGUUUUGGAUGAUCAAUAUCAAAAGCCC